UAAAUAGGACCAGAAGCAGAAUUUGCUAAUUUAUUUCGCUCUCUGCAUUGAAAACUUAUUCAUUAACAGAACCAAGAAUUACGUAAAUGGCUGAACUGCUGAAAAAAGUGUUUGACUUGGAUAACAACAAAUUAUCAUUAUGGUUAUCUUGGUGGUGUGUUGCAGGAAUUCUGACCUCUUGGCAAAUUGAAUUCGUAAACUCUAGAGGAAUCUUCACCAGACAGAUCACAGAUCAUAACAGAUCACCUCAACAGCAAUCUGAUGAAUCCUCAGAGUACAAUUUUUCUCCAAAUUUUGGACAAUCAUCAAAUCAAAGGCCUCGAGGUCACCAAGUUGCCCGACAAUUGAUGCUGCACAAUCAAGAAAUGUCAAGUGGGACUGGAAUUCGAAAUCUUCCCCUUUACAAGCAAUCCUAUCCCGGUCUUUAUACGCAAAGUGAUUUAAAAGAAUUUGCAUCAUAUGAACCUACGAUGCCGGUAAGCCAUGGAUAUGCCCAUCAUGGAAAGGAAGGUCACCUUUUUCUCUUACAACCCGACACCACUAACAUUUAUAGAAGUGUGGCUCAUGGACUGUAUCAGGGCAAUCUCAUUUAACAAAUAUUUCGUUCUGAAUAAAUUAAUCAAACGCAUUUAUACGAUUGCUUCCUACUUUUAGUGAAUUUUCAAUUAGGUACGAAUUAUUUAUAUUAUUUACCUUGUUAUGUGUAAUAAAACUUGCGAACUUUCACUACUGAUUUUGCUAACAA